AUGUAUUUUUGGGAUAAAUUGAUUAGACAAUAUAAAACAUAUAAAAAUAAUAAAAAAUAUGGAUAUUAUGGAAAAGAAAUAAAGGAAGCAUUUGAAGAUGCAGAUAAAGAGAUACCAAAAGAACAAAAAGAAGAAACCUCUUCUGAAAGGACAUUAAGUAGUGAUGAAUUCAAUCCUAACCAACUUGAAGAUAAUGAAGAUGAGUGGGUAAUUAACUUUGAUGAAAUUAAUCCUGCUAGUAAUAUUUCAGAGACUAGUUAG